CCAACUUUAUUAUUACCACCACUCCACACACACCACCACCACCACCACUCCAUUCCUUCCUUCCUCUCAAGUCUCAACCCACUCUCCUCUCCAUAUGCAAGCAAACUAUUAAGCAUCCUUCCAUCCAUCACCAACCUUCCUCCUUCCACCACCUUGUAUUCUCCUCCCUCCCACCUCCUCCUUGUUUCUCACGUCGUCCAACGCCGAUCGAUCGAUGGGGGAGGAGGCCGGCGACGGCUACGGCCACGGCACGCCACCGGAUGCGCUCACGGCCAUCGUCGUCAAGGGCAAGCGCAGCAAGCGGCGCCGCGUGCACGCCGCCGCGGUGAUCGCGGCCGCGGAGGCCGAGGUGACCGCGGUCACCACGGCCAGCGCCGCGGGAGAGGUGGCGUCGUCGUCGUCCUCGGUGGCGGAUGGCGGCGGGUGGCGGUCUGGCGCGGAUGAGGCGGCCUCCGGGUGCGUCACCGAGGAGGAGGAGGACAUGGCGCUCUGCCUCAUGCUGCUCGCGCGCGGCGGCGGCGGGCAAGGAAGCAGGGCCGGGGCGUCGUCCGCGUCGUCGUCGGUGGUGGUGAGGGAUGACGUCGCGGAGUCCACGGCGGGGGUGAUGGCGGUGGCCACGGCGCGGGAGGGCAAGUUCCGGAGCCGGCGCCCGGCGGACGGCGGCGAGGGGGAGUUCGUGUACGAGUGCCGGACGUGUGGCAAGUGCUUCCCGUCCUUCCAGGCGCUCGGCGGCCACCGCACCAGCCACAAGAAGCCGCGUCUCCCGCUCCCGCCCACCACCGCGGCGACGGCGUCGUCGUCCGAGGAGAAGAAGCUGCCCGCCGACGAGAAGACGCCACCACCGCCUUCGUCGCCGUCGCCGGCCGCUGCCGUGGAUCGGACGGUGCUGGCGAUCCCGGUCCCGGCGACGCCGCCGAAGCAAGAAGGGGCGGCCACGGCGACCGUCGUGUCGUCGUCGAAGCAGCAGCAACAGCAGCAGGGGCAGGGGAGGGUGCACGAGUGCUCCAUCUGCGGCGCGGAGUUCGGGUCCGGGCAGGCGCUGGGCGGGCACAUGCGGCGCCACCGCCCGCUGCUGCCGGCGUCGGCGUCCGUCUCUUCCACGGACGGCGUGGCGGCGGUGCUGGUGAUCAGGAAGGAGAAGAGCCUGCUGGAGCUGGAUCUCAACAUGCCGGCGCCCUGCGACGACCCUGCCGCGACCGCGACAUCGCCGGGCUCUUUCACGUUCGCCGUGAAGGAGCGGCCAUCGUCGGCGGCGAAGCUGCUGCCGUUCCCGGCGACGGCGUCGGCCCUGGUGGACUGCCAUUACUAGCCACCAAGCGAUCGGGCAACAUAUACAGACAGUAAUUAGCUCCUCUGUUUCCCAUUCCUUCAACACACACACACACACACACACACACACAUACACAUUUACAUAGUAGUACAUGCCUUGCUGUGAUAUGAAACCAUACAUAUUCUUUCUUCCUCUUCCUUUUUUACCAUUUGUUCUGCUCAAAUUGAUUGAUUAUUGAUGAUGAUUGGAAACUGUAAAAUUUGACGUUUAUCAUGUGAUUAAAUUCAUUAUAUUGAUUGAUUCA